AUGCUCCUUUUUUCAUCUCGCAGUGUUUUACUCUCAGUGUAUUACCCUCAGAUUUUCCUCAUCCUUACCAGUGGGAGUUACCUAGCUUUGUCAUCUGUGGUGGCUUUAGGAGCAAAUAUAAUCUGCAACAAAAUCCCAGGCUUGGCCCCUCGGCAACGAGCGAUCUGCCAGAGCCGCCCUGAUGCCAUCAUAGUGAUCGGAGAAGGGGCACAGAUGGGAAUCAAUGAAUGCCAAUAUCAGUUCCGCUAUGGCAGGUGGAACUGCUCAGCGCUGGGAGAGAAAACAGUCUUUGGACAAGAGCUUCGAGUAGGAAGCAGGGAAGCAGCAUUCACCUAUGCCAUUACCGCUGCUGGGGUUGCACAUGCUGUCACUGCCGCCUGCAGCCAGGGCAACCUCAGCAACUGUGGCUGUGACCGAGAGAAACAGGGCUACUACAACCAGGAAGAGGGCUGGAAAUGGGGAGGCUGCUCUGCGGAUAUCAGAUACGGCAUUGAAUUCUCCAGGAAGUUUGUUGAUGCCCGAGAAAUCAAAAAGAAUGCACGGAGGCUGAUGAACUUGCACAACAACGAGGCUGGAAGAAAGGUUCUUGAAGAGAGAAUGAAAUUGGAAUGCAAGUGUCAUGGUGUUUCAGGUUCCUGUACAACUAAGACCUGCUGGACCACGCUUCCUAAAUUCAGAGAGAUUGGAUAUAUUUUGAAAGAAAAGUAUAAUGCUGCAGUACAAGUGGAAGUGGUACGGGCCAGUCGGCUACGACAGCCAACCUUCCUGAAGAUCAAGCAGAUCAGGAGUUAUCAGAAACCAAUGGAAACAGAUCUGGUGUAUAUCGAAAAGUCACCCAACUACUGUGAGGAAGAUGCUUCCACGGGGAGUGUUGGUACCCAGGGGCGACUCUGUAACCGUACAUCUCCUAAUGCAGACGGGUGCGACAUGAUGUGCUGUGGAAGGGGUUACAACACACACCAGUACACGAAAGUGUGGCAGUGUAAUUGCAAAUUCCACUGGUGCUGCUUUGUGAAGUGCAACACGUGCAGUGAGCGGACAGAGGUGUUCACCUGCAAAUAGUGGCCUAUGAUUAAACAAACAGAACAAAUCACCACAAGUGAAGAAAGUGGAGUAUGACAAACAACUACAGCAUCAUUUUGCACAUCUACUUUUCUUUGGGAAAAGAAAUCUCUCCCCACCACUUAUACUUCUAAGGAUGAUGCAUUUUGGGCUGGCUGGCCGUUGUGACUGCAAUGGAAAUAAGGGCAACAGGAUUAAGGUGAUGUUGACAAACACAUGCAACUUUUUCUUUUGUUUGUUUUUUACUGCAAUUUGGGUGUUGUAGAGUUUUCCUGUUAGAUUU